UGCGUCAUGGCUUCUGUGUUUACAUGCGGAACGUCAAUUACGUCAAAUCGAUACCGUGUGUACACGCACGAGUGCGUUUGACCGUCGUCGGGUCGCUGACGCUGGCUGACGCUGCUCGGAAGGUGCUCGCACAUGCUCGCACACGUGCCUGAUUUGCCGUGAUACGAUUAAUAAGCGGCGAAUGUGCCUAGAAGGGUUGAAAGGGGAAAGAGGGAGAGAGUGAGUGGAGCGAGCGGCAAAGAAACGACGCCGGCAAGGUGAUGGACCGUACGUAGUUCCGUUCCGACGCGACGGCACUGGACGGCAUUGAACGGCACUGGACGGCACUGGACGGCACUGAGCAGAGCCUCGAGGAUAGAUUCGCGCCCAGAGCUGGGUCUAUGGGAUACAACAUCGUCAGCUGGGAGAUGAUACGCACGAGGGAAGAGAAAUUGAGUUUCGACUGCAGCGAAGAUCAGCACAACAUCAUGAACAACAUGGUAGACGCGAGGGCCUGUUACAAGCCCAGCGGCAAAUCAUGGUUCCGUGGCGUUCGAAGCAGCAAGUUUCGGCACGUCUACGGUGUGCCAGCCAAGAGGGAGAAAUGUUACGACAACAUCAAGAUCACGAAGAACGCCCACGAUUCGCAAUUCUGCGCUGUAAAUCCCAAGUUCCUGGCUGUCGUGACGGAAGUCGCGGGCGGUGGGGCAUUCCUAGUAUUAUCGUUGGAUCGCACCGGUCGUCUUGACUUCAACGCCAGCCGAGUAACUGGACAUACCGGUCCCGUUUUGGACAUCAAAUGGAAUCCGUUUAAUGACAACAUCAUAGCGUCUUGUUCCGAUGAUUGCACUAUAAAAUUAUGGCAUAUACCCGAUGGCGGACUGUCGAGAAACUUGACCGAGUGGCUGGUAGAGUUACAAGGGCACAAGCGUCGCGUCGCUUAUAUCGAGUGGCAUCCAGUAGCGGAGAACGUGCUCUUCAGCGCCGGCUUCGAUCAUCUCGUUAUUGUAUGGGAUGUAAAUAGAUGUGAGGCAGUGAGUGUCAUCGAUAGGCAUCCCGAUGUGAUUUAUAGCAUGUCCCUGAAUCGCGAUGGCAGCUUGUUGGCGACCACUUGCAAGGAUAAGAAAUUGCGCGUCUUUGAGCCGAGGUCCGGUAUCGUAGUUUCGGAAGGGGUAUGUCACGCCGGCACAAAAGCGAGCAAGGUAGUAUUCCUUGGUAGUUCCGGACGUCUUUUAACUACUGGAUUUAGCAGACAUUCGGACCGACAAUAUGCGAUAUGGAGUCAACAUGAUCUAACUGUUUCAUUGACGUGUGAGACGAUAGAUUCAUCGAGCGGAGUGGUUUUUCCAUUUUACGAUAAUGACACUAAUAUGGUGUUCUUAGCCGGGAAGGGCGAUGGCAACAUUCGAUAUUACGAGGUAGUUAACGAAGCACCUUGGAUGCAUUAUCUCAGUCAAUUUAUAUCUGGAAAUCCUCAGAGGGGGUUGGGAGUGAUGCCGAAAAGAGGCAUUACUACCUCUUUAUGUGAAGUAUUCAGAUUUUACAAGUUACAUGCGACUCGUGGAAUGUGUGAGCCGAUCUCAAUGAUAGUACCACGGAAGAGUGAUCAAUUUCAAGAAGAUUUGUAUCCUGAUACAAUUGGAACAUGUCCCGCACUAUCGGCUAGAGAUUGGAUCAGCGGCAUGAAUAGCCCGCCAAUCUUAAUCUCUCUCAAAACAGGUGGAAGUAUUUCUACGCAUAAGCCACGAGUAUAUAAGCCACCGCAAUUGCCUGCUACCACCGAUCUAAAUAACAAAAAGAAAUUUGCGUUCUUAUCUACGGAAACGAUACCGGAUUACAGACCGGUGGAAUUACACGAUAUGUCGGAAAAGAGUCAAAAGACAUCCAGUAAUCAAAGCACAAAAUUCCAACAACUUCAGCAGAAGUUUGGAAAUGUCGCUAUACAGAAGAAUAUUAUAUCAUCUUCGCUUAAUGACAAUAAAGUUAUGGAGACUGUGGAUGUUCCGAACAACGAAGCAGAACUUCGUUUGGCAUUCGCUCGUCAAACCGACGAAUUGAGACUGGUACGACGACAGCUCGCUAAUAGCCAACUGCGUGUUAAGGAGUUAGAGGACCAAAUACGAAAACUGCAGCGUCAAUAAAAUUUACAAGCUCACUUCAAUAUCGGCUUUGAAUAAAACUCUUGCAGCUUUACUGCUACACGUGAUUAGCAAUCAAUACUUAAAGUUUAUAGAGUAUUUACGCACCGUAUUUAAUAAUUAUAAAGAGCCUAAGCUUUGAAAACUUUGUACUAACGCGCUUAGGAGUUUUUAGCUUUGUCAUAUUCAUACACAAAGGAAUACUCGCACAGAACAAUUUUUACCAACUUUUCUUAGAAUAUCUACAAAUUUUUAUGUAGAAUAAAAUUAUCGUAUUAAUCACAAGAGGGAACAGAAACGUAGGCUGCAUUUGUAUAUGAAAAUUGUACCUGUUCACGCACACAUUUAGGUGCGUAAGUUGGAUAUUAAGUUAAGAGAAGCACAAUACUUCUAGACAAAUGGCAGCAUAAGGAGAAUUUUCAUGAUGUUAUUAGUUAAAUAACAUUUUACUUUUUGAAAACCGUAUAUUAGCAUUAGUCUGUUAAUUGUUUAUUUUUUUCUAUUGCUGUUUCCCAUGUUUAUUAGUUACUUAACUAAUAUAUUAUUUAAUAUAUUGCUCCAUCAUUAGAAAGAUAUUUCUUUGCGUAUUAUCAUGUUGAUUAUUAUUGGUUCUAUUUGCAGUAUAAAUCUAUCUUUGCACAACAUGUAAAAUGAAUUUUGUUGUCAAUUAUAAUAAUAUGCUCUACAAAGCUGCUUUAUGUGCGAGUGGACUAGCGUAUUGAUAUAUUAAGCAUUUUGCUAUCGCAUACAUUUUUCACUGCCAUCCACUGCCGUGAUGUCGAUGGUAAUAAGAUCUCCAAAUUUAUGCAGUGAUGAUACCUAAUAAAUGUCACGAUUAAUAAAGAAAAAAAAAUUAACGUAAAAUUUCUUUUUAUACAAUAAAUGCACAGUAUAACGUACGUGCGACUAACCAGAUCAUUGAGCAAUGUACAAUCUCAAUGAUAUGAUACAAACAUGUAGCUCUAUUUUUAAGAAACGCGACGUUUAUCGCGAGUUAACGUCGGUUUAAUUCACCUGAGCUAACUUAAAAGAGAUACGAUAGCAAAUGUGUUAGAGCUUAUAUUUUUUAGUAUUAGCCUUGUAGUUCUGAGAAUCACAUACAGAAUUAUAUUUCUGCUUAAUAACAGUAAUCAAAUCGUGUAAUGAUUUAUAUAUACAUUUACGUUUAUAUACGUAUUUUUCAUACAAUUGUGCAAUUAUACCUUAGAUAAAUACAUAUAGUACCUGGAUGCUACAUCAUCACAUAUCGCACUUGCGAGCAUGAAUUAUUCGCAAAAUAUAACGAAGAUAAAGCCUGAAACAUUGAUACAUGUGACGUAGCAUUCCCUAGUCUUUCUCUACUAGUUUACUUUGUAAUCAUCAUUAGCUUUAAUUACUCGUAAAUAAGAUAUAUUUCAUUAAAACUCUUUUUUAGAUAUACAACUUCCUCGAGAGUAUGAGGUUACAUGUGUUGUAUUAGACAAUGCAUUUUAUAGGCAGUAAAAUAUUUGCGAGGUAGUUUGUAGCUAUAUUUUCGGUACUGAUAUUGGAAGCAAUUUCUAUGAUACUUACAAGAAGAUCAAUUCGUUUUCGUGAUAGACGUAACAAAUUUAUAUAAAUUUCGCUACGAUUUAUGAAUUUAUUUUUGAUGCAGUGUCGUGACGCAAUAUGCCUGUAUCGUGAUUUAUAUGUAAUAUUUAUACAUGUCAAUUAAAUAUAUUAUCGAGACCCAACCAUAUAAUACCGUACACUAAACAAAAAAAAAAAUACCAAAGAGCGUCACUAUCUCUCAAAUAACAGGCCAAUUUAUUGUCAGCGUGUAUGCUUGUUAGAGAGAUUUACGUACAAGGACAAGGAAGAUACUGUAUGUGUGAUAUAUGGCAAGUAGGGAUCUCAUAAUAAAAAUAAAAGGAAAAAGUCAUAAAAUUGUA